UUUAAGCACUAUGUAAUUAAUUGAUAAAAUCUCUAUUUUUCAUGAUAAUUUUGCAUCAUAUUGUUCAUUACCCUACUAUGCCAAUUUUGGUACAGAAACAAAUGAGUUACUAAAUUGAAAACACGAUUCCUAAACUUUCGCAAUGUCACUGUAUCAUUUGCCGCGUUAUCGAACAGUACUUCCCUUAUUCCUUAUUUUAUUAGUUAGAUACUCUUCUUUCAAUCUUGGAAGACAAUUAAGAUUUAUCGAAGAUAUAACAAUUGCAUAAGAGUCAAAGCAGAAAACAAUUAAAACAAAGCGUUUCACGUCACUAAUCAUAAAAAUAACCACCUCAGAGUAUAAUCGACUCUCUAACGGUUACUUCAAUAAAAAGUUGAAAUAUAAAAGGCUCGAAUCAACUCAACAUCGCUCUCAUAUGUUUCAAUUGUGCAAUAAUAUUGAUUCUGUUCUGUUUCUUCAACUAUCAAUUUAAAUCACUUUAUUUAAAUUCGUUACUGUUUUCCAUAAUAAUUGUAAUCCUUUUACUGGUUCUUUUUGUUUUGCUCUGUACUGAUGAACAACAUGGCAAGUAAACCAGAUCUCGAGAUGCAAACUAUCUCGGUAUUACCAACAGUCAUGGAAUCCAAAGCUAACGAUAAUUUCCCGAAACCUUGUAUUCCAACUAGGUUUUACAUUGCCUUUAUUACUGCUUUAACAACGUUUGUUAUGUAUGCCAUCCGCAAUUGUUUAAGUGUUGCGAUAGUUUCAAUGACUGUAGAUGAAACUAAGUUGAACAAAUCAACUUCAUAUUCAAUGACUGACAGCAACAAUUCAAUUACAAUCAAACCAUUGCAUGAAAAGUUUGCUUGGACCGAAAGUCAAGAAGGAGUUAUUCUUGGUUCCUAUUUUUACGGAUAUGCUGCAUUUCAAAUAAUCACUGGAGUCAUAUCAGAUAAAUUCAAUGUUGUCCAUUUGUGUAUCAUCUGUAACAUUAUCUCAGCCAUAUUAUCAGCUUUAACCCCGAUUGCUGCUCAUGCUGGCGUUGCCUGGAUAUCGAUUGUUCGAGUACUCAUAGGUGCAAGUCAAGCUCCUACCAUUGCUUUGUUAUUGGUUUUGGCUGGUAAAUGGUUUCCACCUGAUGAAGUUGUCUUGCCGAUAAGUUUGCUUAAUGUUGGUGGUAACAUAGGGUCUGCUGCUGCUAUGCCAUACACGGCUUGGCUUUGCAAUCAAGAUUUAUUGGGAGGAUGGCCUCUCGUCUUUUACUCAUUGGGUGCCAUUAACUUAAUCAUUCCAUUUUUGUGGCUUACAACAAUCACUGAAACGCCAAAUAAUCAUCCAUUCAUAUCUAAAUACGAGAUUGAUUACAUCGAUAAAGCCAAUUCAAAUGUUGGAAAAGUCAAGAUACCAGUACCUUGGUUAUCUAUAUUCACCUCCCUUCCGAUUUGGUCAAUCAUUGUUGCUAAAGGAUGCAUAUAUAUGGGUAUCAUGAUCUUUAACACCAAAAUUCCCGCUUAUCUCGAAUCUGAGCUUGGCAUGGACCUGACUAGUAACGGUUCUUUCAAUUCGCUGUUGAACAUUGCUAUGGCGAUCUCAAAUUUAUUGUCCCCACCCAUAUUUAAAUAUUUGAUCAACAACGGCUAUGUUUCUCGAACAGUUGCCAGGAAGAUCGCCGAAUCCAUAAGUUUUUUUAUACCUGCAAUUGCUCUUGUGACAAUACCAUUCAUCAAACAGAAUACAACUCUGAUCCUGUAUCUGUUAGUGAUUUCAAUAUUCUUCAUGGGAUUUCAAGCAGCCGGCGACUGGCCAAUUACUUCUGAAGUGGCACCUGAUCUAGCUGGAAGUGUUUUCGGUAUUACUAAUACAACUGCUGCUAUUAGUGGUUUCAUGUCACCUCUGAUAGUUGGGGAAUUACUUGAAAGUGGGUUAGACCACAGUGAGGCCUGGAGAUAUGUAUUUUUUAUUGGUGCUGGUGUCAUGACUUUCGGAGGUUUAGUUUUUCUCAUAUUUGCUAAAGCAGAACCAGUACCAUGGGGUGUCGCUCCUUCACGAUCAAUUGAUGCUCUGGAUAAAAAUCUGGAGGCCAAGAAAAGGACGAGGCCACAUUAGAUUCGUGUUCAUCUUGUUUUCACUCGACAACCUUGGAUAAAUGAAUCUUUAUCGAUGUUGCACUUGAACAAAUCGAUGACAGUAUGAAGCUGAGCUUCUUGAUAAUACAUGUAAAACUUCGAAAAAGUCGAAUCGAGUUUCUCCAUUCAAAAAUCAAUGAUUAUUGGAAUUGUGUAUUAUUGUAAUUGUAAUCUUAACGCCUGAGAAAUCGUCAAUUUCAUUUGAUCUGAUGAAUUAAAUCAUUGUUUCAAUCAUUUUAAUUGCAUCCAAUAGGGUUGAAAGGAACACAAAAUUAUUUGAGAAAUCUCUUGCAUGACAAAAUUAACGUCAUUAUUCUGAUGUUUAUUUGAACUAAUGCAAUGUUAUUUAGUACCGAUUUUGUCAAUAUCUCGAUCUUCACAGAUCUUAAUUGUGUAAUUGUGUAAAUGCAAUGAUAUUUAUCAACACUGCUAAAUGACAAUUUAUUUGCACAAUGUUUUUCACUUGUGCAAAGUUAUUAACAAGAUAAAUUGUCAGUUAAUGUUACUUCGAUAAAAAUGCGUAAUGCUAGUGGAUAAAAGUACAAUUGUAAACUUAUUAGCUUUUAAUAUGUUUACUUUGAUGAGGAAAGGUGAUUAGAUUAAAUUUUAAGACAAUUUGUCAAGUGAUAAUUACAUGUGCUGCAACUUGUGAUGUAAACGCUGGUUAACGUUGAACAAUUCAUUCCUAAAUGUUUUAAUUUUCAUUUCCAUUCAUUAUUUUAAGCGUGUCCGCCAUCUAACUGUACAGUUGUCCAUUGAAAUAUCGGUGAACCACCGAGAUCUAUUAGUGAAAUGAGUUUACAAACCUACCUCGACCAAAAUGGAUACAAACUUGUCAAGAGUAUUUUUUGCUUUCUUACCUUUAUGGGAUUAGGAGGAGUUUGCACACUUCUUGGAUCAUCUUUGCUCGAUAUUCAAAUUAGUAUUCAACAAGAUUUUGUUACCACUUCGAAAUUAAUUCCAGUUCGUUCGAUUGGUUAUAUCACAGGAGGAAUCUUUUCUGCUUUUCUGGAAAAAUUCUCAAAUAUCAAUGUAAUUAUGGCGCUGACCAACUUCACUGGAGGUUUAUUCCUAAUAUUUGCUCCAUGGUUUACAUCAAUCUAUUUAGUUGCUUGUUUCAUCUAUCUUUCGGGGAUUUCCCAGGGACUAUUUGAUAUAUAUAGCAACGUUUAUAUUAUUAAAAUAUGGGGAAAAGAUUCAACAAAUUAUCUGCAAAUUCAUCAUAUGUUUUUCGGUGUCGGAGCUCUCAUUAUACCUCUGGUGACUCGACCUUUUCUAUUGCCAUUUCAACGUGAUGAAGACCAGAUUAUUCAAGGAAGGUCUAUAAACAUUAAUAUAACCUCAUCAGCAACAAAAUUGCCAUUUGGUGGAUUUACACCCGAUGAUGUAACCAUUCAAUAUCCCUAUCUGAUCAACGGAAUCUUUCUUUGCUUGGUUUCAAUUGGAUUCAUAGUUUUUUACUUCAAGGAUAAGCAAAUCCCAUCUAAUGACUGUAAAUCCGUUAAUAAUACCGUUUCUGGUAACAUUGAUUCACCUGGAUGCAGUAAUGCUGCUUCUGGUGACAAUGGAUCAUCUCAAGACAAUGUUGAUAAACCAUGGAAGAAAUAUGUCGCUAUAAUUCCAAUGAUGUUGAUUGCAAACAUUGCCUUUGGAUUUACAACCACAGUUGGUUCACUGGGUCCAUCUUUUGCUGUGAAAUCUCCCAUCGCAAUGACCAAGAAAACAGCAGCUUUGUUGAUUACAGUAUUUUGGACAAUGUUUUGCUUUUAUCGAAUAAUUUUUAUCCCAUUGUCUAGUUAUUUUAGUCAUAGACGGUUAAUGCUGUUUAACCUGCUUUUGAUCUUAAUCAGUGUUGGCUUGAUGAUUUCAAAAGCUGCUUAUGAUCCAUAUUUUACAUGGGCAUCAUUUAUUUUACUCGGCACUGGAUAUUCACCAACAUUUUCAGUCUCAUUUGCCUUACUGCAACAAUAUUUUCCCAUUUCUGGCCGAUUAGCUUCAUUCAUAUUCAUGAAUGGCUGCAUUGGAGAAUCAAUUCAUCCUUGGUUAGUGGCCAAGUUCAUGGAAGGAUGGCCAGAAUUUUUUGUCUAUUACCUUGGUGGAAUGUGUAUAGUCUAUGUGAUUCUUAACUUCUCUCUUCCUCAUCUGUGUAAUUUAAUUUUUAAAAGACGGACUACCAAUCAAUGAUAAUCAUUGUUCACAAUUGCCUUCCAUCAAAACGUUUCAUUUUUACCAGCUUACCCUUAAUCUAAUAUGUAUUUUAAAUUGGUUAAAGAGACUAAUUGUUCCUUUUAAUUAAAAUCCUCAACCUCUAAUCUGAAUUACCCUACUCUUUAACCACUGAGCUGAUGGUUAUUGAUAAUAAAUUGAUGUUUUAAUACAUAA